AUGAGUAGAAAUGUUAAAUGCACAGAGAACUUGGAGGCAAAAAUUUUGCUUAAUGAAAUAGAGUGUGGAAAACUCAAAUACUCUUUAGAGCUGAGCUGGGCUGAUUUGAACGCAAAAUCCACGGCCUGGGGACCUAGGUCGGAUCCAAGGGGCGAGGCAUUAUUGAAUUUUUUUGACCAACAUAAUUUAGACGUACUGAAUGAUCCUGAUGGACCGCCUACCUACAACUCUGUCCUCGGACAGAGUUGGAUAGACCUAUUUGUCAGCAAUAUCGAAGAGCUUAAACACUAUAGGGUCCACGACAAAAUAUCAUGCUCGGACCACGAGUUGAUCACCGUCGAUAUUAUUGAGAGUGACUACAGGCUCAGGGCUGGUAACACCAAUAUCAGAUAUGAACGAUUGGACUGGAUUGCCCUGAGGGUUAGGUUGAGGGAUAUUAUAAGUACCUACAAUCUUGAACCUGUCAACGCGGUCGAACAAUUAGACACCAGUAUUAUUGACAUUACUAAGGAUAUUGUAGCGGCUUGUAGGGCUAGCGUGCUGAGACAGAAUAUCAAGAGGGGACAGCACUGUUCUUGGUGGCAUCCUGGACUUAGUCAAAAGCUCAGAGAAGUUAGGGCCCUUAGGAGGCGGUAUCAAAAGACCACUGAUGAACAGGAACGUGCGUCUUUUAAGAUCAGGUUCAAACAACAACUUGCGGUCUAUAAAAAGGAAAUUAGGAAGGCCAAAGCGCUGGACUUGAGAAAAUUCCUAGACAGGGUCAAUGAGGAUGGGGCGUUUUCAGCCCCAUACAAAAUCGCUAAGGGCGAUAACUUGAGACCUACCAGCCACUGUCCAAGAUAG